CAGCCUGUUUCUGCAGAAGCACAGGUUGGAUGUUUCCCUGCCCCGAGCACUGAAAUAUGGCUGAUCUGGGCACCAGGCUCUGGCUGCUCCAGGUGACCCUCUGGCUGCUGGCUCUGCUCACAGGUGGGAUCUCAGCAGACAGGAGCAACACCGGGAGCAGCAGAGAUGACAGGUGUCCCCCAGUGUACCAGAACCUGAGGUACGUGGCCGUCAAGAAGAACAUGCCCAUCAACUUCAUCUGCUACACCCCGGAGGCCCAGAGCAUGCAGUGGUACAAGACAGCAGAGAAGAAGAAUGACCUCUCUGUGCUGGAUCAGAACAUGCCCAGCUACAGCAUCCAGAGGACAAACGCCUCCAUCAAGCUCACCCUCCUCAGGGCCACCUUCGAGGACAGCGGGAUCUACGUGUGUGACAGGAAGGGGCUGCUGCAGAAGGAGGAGCUGCACUCGUGUGGGACAGAGCUCCGAGUCAUGGGUACCAGCAGCAUCAAGCAGGUCCAGAACAGGAACACGCUGAAAGACGCCAUCAUCAUCAUCCAGUCUAUUCUGCUCGUCAUCUUCAUCAGCAUCCCCAUCCUCCUCUUCCUAGAUAAGGGUGAAGAGAAGAAAAGCCCAGAGGAGGACCACACCUAUGAGGGGCUGGAGGUGGAGCAGAUGGCCACCUACGAGGACAUCACUCCUUUCCGGGACGUGAAGGCCAAGUGGACAGUUGGGGAGCACCCAGGUGAAGAGUGAGGGGUCCUGCACCCUCCACCAGGCCCUGCCAGCACCCUGCCAGCCCCCAUGGGGACAGAUCCCCUGGAGCAUGGCUCUGCUUGGAUCCUGGGCUGCCAUCCCAGGCUGCAUUUCUGGGCUGCAAACACCUGCACAGCCCUGCUCAGGGCUGGGAGCCUGCUGCCCUGGGGUGCUCAUGUGUCCGGGCUGUGUCCCUGAGGCUGCCCUGCCCUGGCUGUCACUGUCCCCACCCCGCUGACCAAACCCUAAAACCUCCAUAGAAAUUAGGAGCCACCUGUGAUCCCUCCAGUAGCCAACUGGUCCCACAGCCUGGGCAGCCCCAUGCCCAGCACUGAGCUCCAGCCUGGUCAGUGCCAUGGAAGGAUUGGAAUGAGGGGUCUGCUCCAAGCCCACCACCCUGGGAAGGACGGAGGCACAGCAAGGACACUGUCAACAGCACUGUGUGGGUGUUAUGAGAAACGGAUUUGGGGCCACUCUUGAGCUGUCAAAGCCAUGGCUGUGUCCACAGGCCCAGCUGGCAGAGGUCUGAGGUGGAGGAUUCCCCAAAAGCACCUCUUUUUCUCCAAAGACUAUGGAAAAGCUGGGGAGAAAGGUCUCACCCAAAGGCUUGCUGCUCCCCAAGCAAGAGUGGCCCCUGCCACAAGGUCAUCCCCAUGGUGAGGGACAUGUGUGACCUCAGAACAUCUGGGAAAAUUGUAAAUUGUGAGACACAAACCUCCAACUGCUUUUGAAGUCCUAAUAAAGGUAAUGGGUAAAUCUUCAUCCUGUGCCAUUCCUGCCAUGCCCAUUCCAGGGGUGUCCCAUAACACUGGUGCCAAUUUCCUGGGAAUAGCAAGCAGCUUUUUGGAUCCAGCUUAGUUGGAAACCAAACUUCACCCUGAGGGCAGACAGGGAUGGAAAACCAAGAGCAGAUGUAAGACUCCCUGUGGGGACCUCCACAGUCCCAAAACAUCAGCUUUAGAUGGGUCAAAGAGAAUCACCAGGAUCCAAAGCAGGAGAACAGGGCCCAGGACCUGCUCCACUCUCAGCUAGAUCUGGUCUAGAAGGAGAAGCUAAAAAAAGCAUCUGGAGAUUUG